CUCCACCCUGAGAAUCAUGUAUAUCGCGAACCGGUGACACAACAUCUCGACUGGGUUGUGACUGCCCACAAUAUACGCCCAGAUGGAGUGUUGAAACGGGUCUUUCACAUCAACAACCUUUUCCCUGGCCCUACAGUCGAAGCACGCUCCGGUGACCGUCUCAUAAUCAAUGUCAUCAACUCCGUGCCGGAUGACUCUAUCUCCUUGCACUGGCACGGUCUGCAUACCGAAAAUGGAAUGGAUGGUGCGGUAGGAGUCACACAGCAACCCAUUCUUCCAGGGACUACAUUCACCUACAAUUUUACCAUCCCCAUGGACCAGAGCGGGACCUUCUGGUACCAUGCUCAUGCCGGUCUUUCCAGGGCAGAUGGACUAUACGGGGGGCUCAUCGUGCAUGCGCCUGCACCUAAAUCCACGGUUCGGGGGCUUAUGGCUCGUGCGGAUGAUUACAAGCAGGAUGGCUACACUAAAGAUCUCCUCCUCCUGGUCGGGGACUGGUAUCACCGUCCAGCAGAUCAGAUCUAUGCUUGGUACAUGCGUGCUGGGUCAUUUGGGAACGAGCCGGUUCCCGAUUCAUUGCUGGUCAAUGGAAGGGGCCAAUUCGAUUGCUCCAUGGCGGCUCCGGCACGGCCUGUAGACUGCACUGGUCAGAAGAUGGAUUUGUCGUUUUUGGAUACCCAGCACAGUACAUCCAGAAUACGCAUAGUCAACACAGGCUCUCUGGCAGGAUUCACAUUGGAAUUCCAGGAUCGAGAUUUUAAGCUUGUCCAGGUAGACAGUGUUGACGUGGUGCCACAAGAUUCCAAUUCCGCCGGUAUACUCUACCCAGGCCAGCGCAUGGACAUACUCCUUCGUCCAAGCAACCGGGAACAGGCAGACUCAAUGACAAUACACCUCGACAAAGAGUGUUUCAGAUACCCUAACCCAGUUCUAACAUCCGUUCAAACCUUCCCUAUCUCGUCCAACCCCAACUCCAACCCCCUGGACCAUUCCUAUUCAUCAUCUUCACCAUACACCUCGAUAUCCCUCUCCGAAGUCGCCACCGCCCCAUCCCUCCUCUCCGCCCUCCCCGACAAAGCCGAACAAACCCACGUGGUAUACACCAAAAUCGAAAAGCUCUCCCGGAACCACAACAUACCUUAUGGAUUCUUCAACCGGACGUCAUGGAAGCCACAGACCGGCAACCCACUCAUCCAGCUCCCCCAGGAACAAUGGGACGAGAACCAGCUCGUGAUGUCCACGGGCCCAAGCAUCUCGCCACCAGGCCCCGACAACGCUACAUGGGUUGACCUAGUCGUGAACAACCUAGAUGACAAUGGCCAUCCAUUCCACCUUCACGGCCACCACUUCUACAUCCUAAACGUCUACCAGCCCCCCAUUGGCUGGGGCGCCUACAACCCCUUCACAGACGCUUAUCCGCCCGGCCUACCUCCACCUCGCACCAGCACCGCUUCAAGCUCAACAGAGCCAGACACAGACACAGACACAAAUAUACCAAACACCCCCUACGACCUCACCCGCGCCCAGCUCAGAGACACAGUGCACAUCCCCCGACGCGGAUACGCCGUACUGCGCUUCCGCGCCGACAACCCGGGUGUGUGGCUAUUCCACUGCCAUAUCCUGUGGCACUCAGCCAGCGGAAUGGCAAUGCUUGUCCACGUAAAAUGAACUUAUUCUUUUGUCUAUUUCCCCUCUGUAUAUAGAUAUAGAUAUAGAUUGAACAUAAGCCCUCCGCAUCGCACGAGUUUUAAUGUCCAAACUACUGCUUGACUGAUAAUACAAGUCUGUAGCCUGAUUUACAACAAUUGGUUGUGUAGUGUAAUGGUCAUCACUCUGGAUUCUGAUUCCAGCAAUCCCGGUUCGAUCCCGGGCACGACCUUUUUGGUUUUUG